CCUCGUUCCGCCUCUGCCACUGCCAGCAAUUUCCUUGAAUCCUUCAUCUCCACCAGAUAUCCCCUAUUAUAUUACUUAUUCUUUCAUUUAUUUCAAAAAUCACUGGCUCUCUGCAAUGCCAGUAACUCACUCCGUUCCAGUUUCCCAUCAGGCACCUCUCCAUACUGUUCGUAAACACGAACGCGACGAACCUGUUAUCAUCUUGCAGGAAUCGGCAUCAGAAGACGAGCCUCGAGUCUACGUUCAUUACGUCAAUUUAGAGAAGAGAAAUGAUGAAUGGGUACCGAAAUCUUUGCUACAACCCAUGCCAUCUACUUCGACGUCCAACGGCGCUGUGCCGUCGAAGAAGCGGAAAAGAUCUUCAUCGAAAAGGCCCAGUGCAUCUGCUUCGCGUAGCUAUUCAGCGUUGAGUGACGAGGAUAGUUUAGAAGGACGUGAUUCGAAUGGAAAGCCCGCGGAGGAAGUUGUUAUGACUGAAGAGGAGUACGAUGUCCAGCAUCACAAAAAGAUUAAUACUCGUCGAAAUUUUGCGCAAGUUUGUGUUGGAGAGUGGUUGAUAAAGACUUGGUAUUUUUCACCGUAUCCUCUCACUGAAAACGAAGACGCGGAGUCGAGCAUUGCUUCACAAGAAAAGGCAAUAUCGGCUGUCAAUCGAAUACCCGGUGUCUACAGAAUCACUAAUCGCUCUCAUGGACGAACAUCCGAUAUGCUUGCAGGAGGUAUGGGAAGACUAGUAGAGAAAGAGAUAUUAUAUGUAUGCGAGAUGUGCUUCAAAUACAUGACUGAUGCUCCUACAUGGGAGUUGCACAAGAAACAUUGCACCGUCAGUCAUCCUCCCGGGCGAAAGGUAUAUCAACGUGGCGCUCAUACUAUCUGGGAAGUCGAUGGCGCCAGAGAAAAGUUAUACUGCCAGAAUUUAUCUCUGUUUGGGAAACUAUUUAUAGAUAUAAAAACGUUGUUCUUCGACUGCGAUAACUUUUUAUUCUAUAUCCUCACUGAUGCUACAAGAAACAACGACCAUAUGCUCGGCUUCUUUUCCAAGGAGAAAGUGUCUUACGAUGAUUAUAACUUGGCAUGCAUAAUCACUCUUCCGCCCUUCCAGCGAAAAGGAUUCGGUAGACUCAUGAUUGAAUUCAGUUACGAACUCUCCAGGCGGGUAGGAAAAGCUGGAACCCCCGAACGACCACUUUCCGAUCUUGGCUUACGCAGUUACCUCGCUUAUUGGGUUUCUACAUUGAUACGAUUCUUUCGCAAACUCUUAGAAGUCAUGCCUAUGUCCACUGGCCCAAAUCCAGUCAUCAGCAGGGGAACGCCGCCUGAUUUUCGCAGUCCAUCCCGAGAGCUGUCUUCUGACGAGGGUUCUGCAUAUAGACGACGGAAGAGGAAUAAAGGUUGGCAAGGAGAGGCAUCUGAAGAUGAAGUUAUCGAAGAUAUUGAUGAAAAACUCGCUUCUUUCCGCACCUUUAUCACAACUCGUAAUCCCGACGGCAGUGCUUCCGUCCAUCUCAAAAUUCAAUGCUCAUUAGCUGACAUUGCCGAUGCGACGAAUCUACGCGUAGACGAUACCGCGUUUGCGUUAAAUGAGAUGGGAAUGUUGAAGAGAUGGGGGAAAUUGUCCGGUUCGGAUGAUGAGCAGCCUAUGGUUGUUUUGACUCGAGAAAUAGUGGAGAAGGUCGCGCAAGAGCGAGGGGUUAAGGACGGAUCUGUGUUACACUUGAGUCAUGUGAAGCUUUAACCUCAUGUUGUAUUCUUUGCAUACUGUCUAUUUGUGAUGUUGACUAUAUAUUUCACCUAUCGAAACAAACAUGAUAACCGGG